GGAGCGUUGAUUACCAUGGCUGAGAACUGUGAACUAUGGAAGGGACAAGUACUCUUUUUGCUGACUCGCCUGUGUUAAAGAAAUGACCACUCUAUCGUCGAAAUGACUCGCGCUAUUAGCUCUGCCUUAUCCUUCGUCUGCUGCGCGUCAGAAACCUAAACCACUUCCUCUUUCACCGUCAUCCUCUAAUACGCCCAAACUCGGUACCCGUUCGGUAAAAAGUUGUCCAGAAAAGUUGAAGUGCCUAGCUUGAGCUCAUCGUUCACCUGCACUGAAAAACCCGUACAGCACUCCAACAUGUCCUCGGCUUCUUCUACCAUGUCGGGAGUUCGGCUGUGCAAUCCGCCUCCGACCGAUCCCUAUAAACCUCUCUCAACCAGCCCAGCCUGGAUCGACGAUCUUUGGGCUUCCGUUGCCGCCGCAAACAAGCAGCCUGAGUCGAACACAACACCUCCGUCUGAGGAAAUCGAGAGGGAAUGGGCGCCUGCAAGCGACUAUGGGGACGACAGCGAGACGUCGACGAACGAAGAGCUGUUUGCAAUAUACAGAGAAACGCCUACAGUCACCAUCUCACCUAGCAACGAGAGGUUCCAUGAGCUCGUGCUUCUUCCGCGCGGCAUCACCGUUGACCAUGACUUCAUCAUGGACGCACACGUCCUUUUCAAAAACCAAGACAGCAACGACAUUGCCGGACUGCAACACAUCAAGCUCUGGCUGUCCCCGGACAAGCAAGAGAUGGAGGAAAUCCGGCGCGAGUACGAGAUCAUGAAAGAGCACAACGUCUGCCCCGAAGAAUUCUUCACCUUCACCCAAGAAACGCUACUGAAAGGGCAGCGACGCCACCGCGGCCCGGGCAAAGAAACCCUCCCCUACAUCGAGCGUCUCGUCCAACAGCCAACCAGCACGCCCAACAAGUCCACGCAGUGGCACGCGCCGCCCCUUCUCUCCGGCACCAACACCAAGACCGGCAUCGACACGUGGGCGCCCAACAUCCGCGCCGCGACCAGCUACUGGCUCUCGGCCGACGGCUUCGCAGACAGGUCUUCGUACCUCUACCGGAGCUCCAUCCACAUGGCACACAACGCGCUGUGCCCAUACCUCAGCGCCGUCUUCGCGCGCGAGAUCAAGAGCAUCGACAAGCGAACUGCCUCCGUCAACGAGGCCCUCGUCGUUGGCUCCAUGGCGCUGUACAACCGGUACCGGCUGCGGUGCCGGGCCCGCGCCGCGGCGGAGCACCUGCAGCAGCCGCUGCCGCCGCCGCCAUCAUCAGCCUCACUCAACCAUUUCGUGCUCACGUUCGUGGGCGCGCAGUACAGCGUGUGGGUGGUGCAGCCGAAGCUGGAAGAGCAGAAGUGGCGCGGGUGCACGAUGACGGAGGUGGCGGUUGGGGAUCUUGCGUGUGGUGUGGGGGAUGUGGAACGUUUGGUUGGGUGGGUGAAUGCGUUGCAUUUGUGGGGGACCAUGGUGCAUAGGCGGGAGUGUGGCCAGGAGUUGUCGGCGCUUUUGAGUGUGUCGGGGCGGGUUAAGGGCGUGCCGUGUAGUUUGGAUUUGGGGAAGUUUGUGUAGGGGUGGAUGUGAUGGUGUGGGGGGUUGUAUGUACUUCUUGAAGAGCGUGUGCGAGAGUGAUGGUGUAUAAGAUGGGAAUGUAGACGUAGACGUAGAAUAUGAUGAGAAUCUACAGGAGAUUAUAUGAUCCCACCUACGCCCUCCCGGAAAGAUGUUGAUACUCUUGUAGAGAGUAUUUGCUAGAAGGAAAAAGGACGUUUAUUCGAAAGUCUCUUUACCUAAAUCCGACUUAUCUAACACGCUCUAUCCCCUAGACGAAGAUUAUACGUUGUGGGAUACUCGACAUUCCAAACUAAAACCCAAC